UAGCUUGAGCUCUAGUUUAUAAUCGUAUUUUUUGUCAUUUAGAGGUAGAUAACAGCAUUUUCUUCAAACAUUACACCCACUAAAGUGCUUUGCAUUAUACUGAGCUUAUUCACGGUGAUCAAAAAACCAAGAUGCAGAACGACGCUGGUGAGUUCGUGGACAUGUACGUCCCCCGUAAAUGCUCGGCUAGCAACAGAAUCAUUGGUGCCAAGGAUCAUGCCUCCAUCCAAAUCAACAUUGCUGAGGUGGAUCGGGCAACAGGCAGGUUCAAUGGCCAGUUCAAAACCUACGCCAUAUGUGGAGCCAUCCGUAGAAUGGGUGAAGCUGAUGAUUCUCUUCUGAGGCUUGCAAAGGAUGACAGCAUUGUCGCAAAGAACAUCUAAAGAUAAUGAUGGGCUCCUCCAGUUUCUUUGUAAAAUAAAAAGUUAAAUGGAA